AUGAAGAACACCACCAAACAAACCUUACUAUUAUCAUUAUCGUUAUCCUUAUCCCUCUUCUUGUUCUCUAUCCACAACGUACAAGCCCAGCCAAGCACCAUAGGCUACAACUGCACAGUGCCCACCAACCAGUCGUCCCCAAACUCCUGUCAGACCUACGUCUACUACCGGGCCGCCUCGCCGGACUACCUCGACCUCGCCGCCGUCGGCGACCUCUUCUCCGUCAGCCGCCUCGCGAUAUCCCGCCCCAGCAACAUCUCCGCCGCCAACGCCACCCUCGCCCCCGCCCAGCCCCUCCUCGUCCCCGUCACCUGCUCCUGCCACACCGUCAACGCCACCAUCACAAUCUCCUACGCCGCCCUCAACUACACCAUCCUCGGCGGCGACACCUUCUACCGCGUCUCCACCGUGAACUUCCAGAACCUCACAACCUACCAGUCCGUGGAGGCCGUCAAUCCGACCUUCGAGCCCACCCGCCUCGAAAUCGGGGAUGUAAUUGUCUUCCCCAUCUUCUGCCGCUGCCCUAAUUCGUCGCAGGUGCGGAAUCUGGUCAAUUACCUCGUCAGCUACGUCUUCCAGCCGGCCGAUCGCCUGAGCGAUGUCGCAUCAAGGCUCGGAUCCACACAGCAGUCGAUAAUUGACGUCAAUGGGAACAAUAUCCAGGCAGAAAGAAAACUGAAGAGGGGAAAAGGGGAAUUUAAUGGAGGAAACGAAGAGAAGCUGGACAGGAGAAGAACAGUGUCCGGUUUGAAGGCUGAGGAGGUGAAUCUUAUGGCUGAUGUGUCGGGCUGUUUGGAUAAGUACAGAGUGUUUGGCAUUGAGGAUUUGAAGAAGGCAACUGAGGGUUUUGAUGACAAGUGCUUGAUUCAGGGUUCUGUUUACAAGGGCUGCAUUGAUGGGGAAUUCUUCGCAAUCAAGAAGAUGAAGUGGAAUGCUUAUGAGGAGCUCAAGAUUUUGCAGAAGGUGAACCACGGGAACCUAGUGAGACUCGAGGGCUUCUGCAUCGACCCCCACGAAGCAAACUGCUAUCUCGUCUACGAAUACGUCGAAAACGGGUCCCUCCACUCGUGGCUCCACGACCCCUCCCGAGCAACAACCGAGAACAAACUCACCUGGAAGACACGCUUGCGUAUCGCGAUCGACGUGGCCAACGGUCUCCAAUACAUCCACGAGCACACGAGGCCUCGCGUGGUCCACAAGGACAUCAAGUCGAGCAACAUCCUCCUCGACCCCACCAUGCGGGCCAAGGUCGCCAACUUCGGGCUGGCCCGUUCCGGCCGCAACGCGAUGACGGCCCACGUGGUCGGCACUCAGGGUUACAUGGCCCCCGAGUACCUUUCAGAUGGGGUCGUCUCGACAAAAACGGACGUCUUCGCGUUUGGGGUGGUUUUGUUGGAGCUUGUUUCGGGCCGUGAGGCGGUGGAUGGGCCGUUGUGGGCCAGGGCCCGUGAGGUGGUUGAGGAGGGGGAUGGGGCUUUGAGGGAGUGGGUGGAUGGGUGUGUGGGGGAUGAGGAGAUGGAGAGUGCUNUGGAGAUUGUGUACGCGCUGUCGAGGAGUGGUGGGGGGGACGCGUUUCUGGAUUUUUCUGAGGAGGGGUUUGAGCAGCCUAGGCAGGUGGUGGAUGCGAGAUGAGGAGGAUUAAUUGAGGAAGAGUUUUGCGAGAUUAGUGUUUUGUUUGUGUGUAGAGUUUGGUAGAGAAAGAGGUUUUUUUGGGAAUGAACGAAUAAGGCAGUGGAUCAAAAAUAAUUGGGUUGUGUUUGUAAGAUGUUGAUAAUUUCGGAAGUGAUUGUCGAUUUUGUUUUUGAUUGUAUGCUGUUUAGGGGAUAUACUGUGGUGGUGUUGUGGCCUUUAUGGCUAUGUAUAUAUAUUUGUUACAUGUAAUGCUUGGGAUUGAGUUCAUCUUGAGGAGGAUUUAUUUAGGGGGUGUUUGUUUAUUAAUUUUUUUUCAAUUUAUA